ACAGUGAGAGAAAGGGCUGUUAGUGAAGUCAUGGCGUGUUUUACUCCUGAUGUUUAAACUGUAGGAAUCAGGUACAGCAUGUUGGGUUAAAAAUCUUGGGCAAGUUCAUGCCUGUUUUCAUUUUUGUUGGACGCAAUGCGAUGCUGAAAUGAUUUCACUGGCAGGUUUUAUUGCAAGCUGAUCCCAUUUAUGACAGACUAAAGUAUCAUCUUGUUGUACUGUAAGCUUAGCUUAGCUUAACCCAUUUAGCACACUACUCAUUCUGAAUUCAGUAACGACCCGGAAGUGAUUGUAAAUCCACGUGGACAUGCUCGCACUACUUCAAAAACUACGUCGCCACAUAAAGACUCCCUCUCAUUUCAUCCGGACGUUCUGUUCACAGAGGUCUUUACCUAUUUUAACUCUCUUCACAAAGGAUCCAUGUCCCCUGUGUGAGGAAGCAAAAGAAAUGCUUGAACCAUAUAAAGAUAGGUUUGUAUUGCAGGAGGUGGACAUUACUCUUCCUGAGAACAGUGUGUGGUAUGACAGAUACAAGUACGACAUCCCAGUGUUUCAUCUGAAUGGACAGUUUUUGAUGAUGCAUCGUGUAAACACAGCAGUCCUGGAAAAACAGCUGGCCAAAUCAGACAACGAACCAGUUUAAUUCUGCUCAAAUAUCCCAUAAACCUUUAAUAUACUGUGAAGUUUUUGGUGAGAAGUAAUUGUUUUGCCUCAGCUUUUGUGCUUUAUCGGUAACGGUUCAGGGUUGUUGUUUUUUUGUGUCAAUAUAUCAUUAUCAUUUAAAUAUGUAAUUAAAUAUCUAUGGAAAAUAAAA